AAAAUGUCUGACCGUGCUACGUUCGCCGUCUGUCGUUUAAACUGUGAUUCCAACGGUGCAUGUGUCGUAAAGUUGUUGCUGGUCGGCGGCAGAGUAUGAUAUUUCUCCCAUUAGAGACAAAUUUAACAUAACUGUAUUUGAUGUGAUGUUAAUAACUUGAUAAUACCGGCAAUUGAAUCAGGAAUGUCCACGACACAAUUGCAGUUCAAUAUAUAUGUGAGAUGUUUUAGAUGUAUUGGACUGGAAUUAUGACUAGUUAGCAUUAGCUACCUCAAACUGGAACUACGGAUAAUCAGAAUUCAGUUGCAGAUAUAUCUUCAACCUUAUAAACAUGAAGUGAAACAUGUGAAACGGAUACCAGUUAAUGAUAGCAUUUCUGUUUUACCAACAUUACGUGAACGCAUCAAGGUUUCUACGGAAGCUCACGAGGAAAUAUUGUCGUACGUUUCAUUUUCUCAGAAACACUACCGAGGAGCUUGUUUUACUUGUUUUACUUUCGUUUCCUGGGAGCCGAGGUUGAUCGGACACAUUUUCGUUGGUUGCUGGAUUGUGUGAGUGUAACUGUGAGAGAUCUCCUGCGUCACUGAUGGCUGUGGUCGCGCAGAGCAGCCGAGGCUGGGUUUUAAACGCAUGCUCCCUCAUUGAUCGAGGAUAUUCGCGCUGCGCCCGACGGACACAGGACGCAAAGUCACAUGUCAGGUGUCGUUUUAAACGACAAUGUUUCCAGAUUUUAAAAAGCCAUGGCAGUGUAAAUGUCCGAGCGGCAGCUGUGGAUGCAGGAAACACGGAAAUGUUGCAGAAAACAAACAAACCACCAAAGAGACGGAAACGGAAACACAGUGAACUCAACCAGGGAGAAAUUGAUGCACAAGUCUUUCAUGAGAAGAUCAGGUCUGUCAUCUCAGAAGGAACCACGUCCUUGUUGGACUCUGCUCGAUCAGUGGGAUAUCUGAACGGAGCGACAGAUGCAGUGGAGGAACCUCUUCCUUUGCAGGAAUGCGGCCUCGCUGCUCUUUGUGAAAUGGCGAAAGAGCUCCCCCUGGUGGAUGAGGAGGAGCAGGAGGAGUGUGUUCAGUCACUUGUUGAUGAGGAUGGCUGCACAUCCCAAGUGGACUUGUUCUCUCGGGUAACGGAGAACAGCACAGACCAGGCCACUGUGGUUUCUCUGAUGGGAGGGGAGUAUGUUAUCCCAGCACGCACGGCUUUCCUGCUGUCUGAUUUCACACGAAUGCAGCCUCUGGUAAACUACGGAAGAAAGUUUGACUUAAUAGUUAUGGAUCCACCGUGGGAAAACAAGUCUGUGAAGAGGAGUCGCAGAUACAGCUCUUUACCGUCAUCACAGCUGAAGCAGCUUCCUAUAAAUCUCCUGGCAUCUGCAAACUGUUUAGUGGUCACCUGGGUCACAAACCGACCCAGCCACCUGCGCUGUAUCCGCGAUGAGCUGUAUCCACACUGGGGGGUAGAGGUCGUCGCCGAAUGGUACUGGGUCAAGGUGACCACGUCUGGACAGUUUGUUUUUCCGCUGGAUUCGCAGCACAAGAAGCCGUAUGAAGUGCUGGUUCUGGGCCGAUAUCGUCCCUCUGCAGAUCACUCCAUGAGCUCUUCAUAUGUUCCCGUCGAGGACUCCCGUUUGAUUGUCAGCGUCCCAUCGGCUCUGCACUCCCAGAAGCCCUCACUCUCAGGUGACAGGAUGCGGAUCAGCAGGAGAGCUCGAUGGUGGGUCCGUGAUGAGACCAGAUCAGAACGGCAGGGUGUGGUGUUUUCUGUGCUGCUGUCACACACAUCAAACAGUCAGGCGUCGCCGUCAGGUACGAACGAGCAGCAGGAAGCUGAGACACUGGAGGUGGAGAAUGAGUCGAGGCUUCAGUCCAUUUCUCCUCUGUCUUCACUGUCCCUCUGACCCUUUCGGGUUCGUUUCCAUCGACGUCUGUUCACACACUCGUGUCUUUAGUCUCCAGGAUCACACAUGACUAUGUUUCCGGAAACCACAGAUACUGUACAGACUGUACAACCAAAAAUGACUACAUUACUCCAGUGUUUCCCGAUCCUGGUCCUCUGGGAGCCACUGUCCUCCUGCGGGUUUCAGAGGCUUCCCUGCUCCAACACACCUGAUUCCAAUAGUCAGCUCGUCAAACAAGCUCUGCAAAGGCCUGGUAACGACCCGUUCAUUUGAAUCAGGUGUGUCUGAUAUGUGAUGGUGUCUGACCUGACCGAGGAAGAGACAUCACAACUCAUUAUGCAGACAUGUUACUUGCAUGCACGAGGGCCCAUAUUCGAUAAUACCCGGCUUUUUUGUCAAUUUUAUUUAUUUCCAACUUCCCCUGUUGUUGUGAGAAUAAGACAUGUAUCUCAGAUCCACUGCCUGGGGAUAACAUAUUUAUUUAUUAUAAAGUAGUAAAAACCUUUAAAAAUAUUCUCCACUUACAUAUUCCAGCAGUUUUCUGAUUGGAAACUGAUUUGUAAACUGCUCAUGUAAAGUCCUUACAGAAAAAUCUUUAGGUUACUGGAACACAGGAGUUGUUGAUCCCCAGAGAUCAGUGUUUCCCAAUCCUGGUCCUCAGGGACCCAGUGCCCUGCAUGUUUGAGAUGCAGCCCUGCUCCGACACACCUGAUUCAAAUGAAUA